AUGUUGCUCGAGCAUGUGCAUUCGUUCGCAUCGCAUCAAGAUAAAAAGGUUCAAUUAUUCACAAAGACAAAACGGAGCAAAAAUACGAAAACAAGUGACAACGACUUCAUCAAUGAACAGGAUACGUUUCAUCGAGCUGUUGGACCUGUUUUUUUCGCCAUUCAACUUUUCGCAAUAUUUCCCGUAAAAGGAGUGCUGAAUGCUGACAUUGAAAAAUUGCAUUUUAAACCCAUAUCGCUGCAAACAAUCGCCUGUGUCUUACUAAUUGUCUUCAAUCUCAUCGAAUUUGGCUUACUUUUGUACACGGUGCCACUCACAGGCAUCCAAUCCGUCGCUUAUGUGAUUUUUUACUCAAUUUCCAUUGGAGCCGCUUUCAAGUUUAUUCGUCUUGCACAGCGAUGGAAAGAUUUUGUGCGUUUCAUAGCGAAACACGAGGUCCCCUUCACCCGUUUGCCUUAUAAAAAAGUCGCAAAUUGCCUAAAUUUGAGACUUCGCAUUCGUCUCAUCACUUUCGCGAUUCUCUUUUUGUCCGGAAUCGAACACGGAUUGAUGCUCGUGAGUAAUUACUUCAUGAUUGGCAUGAAAGCGGACAAGUGUAACAUGACAAUUACGGAUUUUGGCGAGCAUUGGGUCAGGGAAUCUCGAAGUAAUUGGUUGCUGAUUUGGGAUUACACGAUUUUUCAGAUCCCCCUGUUUGAAUAUGCGAACUAUGCGAUCACUUAUUGCUGGAAUUUCGUCGAUAUCAUGGUGAUGAUAAUGUCGAUCAUGAUUGCUUAUCGAUUUGAUCAGAUCUAUGAGAGAGUUGAAGGUACGAAGGGCAGAGGGAUGGUAGCUUUUGUGUAUCCGCAGAACUUUUGGAAGGAAAUUCGCACACAUUACGUCGAUGUGCUGCGGAUGUUGCAGAAAGUUAAUGAAGAAAUUUCGAUUUUUGUCGUGCUUUCGUUUGGGAAUGGGAUUUAUUUUAUUUGUUUGCAGUUUUAUAAUUCAUUUUUUGAUCGUCCUCAUUUAGCUGCCAGCAUUUACUUUUGGUUCUCAAUCGCUUUUCUAUUUCUUCGAGUAGUUUCAGCUGUACUUUGCGCUUCAAUGAUCCACAGAUCGUCAUUGCGGCUGCUGAAAAUAAUGAAAUUGAUACCCAAGAGAGAAUGGGAUGUUGAGGUUCAACGCCUUUACGACAUCAUGAAGACAGAAUACAUCGGAUUGAGCGGAAAACGUUAUUUUAUUGUAUCAAGAAAAGCGAUGCUUGUUAUGGCAAGUUACAUUUUCACCUACGAACUCUACUUCAUGGAAGACAAAGAAUGGGAAGACGAGCAAUUUGUCGCAAAAUAUUGCCCAUAA